AUGCCUCGCUCGUUUCUUGUUGGCAGUUCCUGCUUUACGGCCUCUGAUCUGGAGGAGCUUCGGGGUCGUAUUGGCAAGGCUGCCGAUGCCACCGUGAAGCAGCUUCACGGCGACUGGUUCUACUAUCUGGAUCUCAAGAACAACUCCGACGCCGUCUUUGACAAGAUCGACGAGCUUUUGCAGGAUUUUGGCAACCGACAGGCACCUCUCGACGAAACCAAUGCCAAUGUGCUCACGCUGUUCAUUACCCCGCGAUACAUCUCGCCGUGGAGCUCCAAGGCCACCAGCAUCGCCCACGUUUGUGGCUUGCGUGAUGGCGUUAAUCGCAUCGAGCGCGGAAAGCGCGUCAUGAUUGAAUUUGACAAGCCUGCCACCGAACAGCAAAUUGCUACCUUCCGCGACAUCCUUUACGAUCGAAUGACCGAGAUCUUCGACCGCACCCAGCCCGACAACGCGACCAUGUUUGCGGAGGGCUCGCCUUCGCCUCUUGCGGUCGUCGACAUCUUUGCAGAUGGCAAGGAUCCUCUCACAGUCCUCGCCAACUACAACAAGGAAAAGGGACUCAGCCUCGACCAAUCCGAGAUGGAAUACCUGGUUGGCGUUUUCCAGAAGCUCGGUCGCUCGCCCCACGACGUCGAGCUCUUUAUGUUUGCGCAGGUCAACUCGGAGCACUGUCGCCACAAGGUCUUCAACUCUUCUUGGAAUAUCGAUGGCGUUGACAAGGGCAAGAGCUUGUUCCAGAUGAUCCGCGAGACUCAUAAAAAGACCCCCGAUUACACCAUCUCGGCCUACAGCGAUAACGCGGCCGUGCUGCAGGGCGAGGCUGCCAACUACUGGUCCCCCGACUACUCUACCGGUACUUGGAAGCUUACACCUGAGAUCGUCCACAUCCUCACCAAGGUUGAGACUCACAACCACCCGACCGCUAUUUCGCCUUUCCCCGGUGCCGCCACCGGCUCCGGCGGUGAAAUUCGAGACGAGGGUGCUGUAGGCCGAGGCUCCGUGACCAAAGCCGGUCUUGCCGGUUUUUGGGUAUCUGACCUGCUCAUCCCGGACAACCAUGGCCCCUGGGAAAAGAACAUUGGCAGACCCGCCCACUAUGCCAGCAGUCUCGAUAUCAUGCUCGAGGCCCCCAUUGGUAGCGCCCGCUUUAACAACGAAUUUGGCCGACCAUGCCUUACUGGAGUCUUCCGUACUCUCCUCACUCCUUCCGACGCUACUGAAUCCACAGAUACGACAAACGUGUCCGAGUGGCGCGGUUAUCACAAGCCCAUCAUGAUCGCUGGUGGCUUGGGCACUGUUCGACCGCAGCACGCUCUCAAGGAGGAACGUUUCGUCCGCGAUGGCGCUCACGUCAUUGUUCUUGGUGGUCCUGCCAUGCUGAUUGGCCUCGGUGGUGGCGCUGCCUCGAGCAAUGCCACUGGUGAAAGCAACGCGGAUCUUGACUUUGACAGUGUCCAGCGUGGCAACCCGGAGAUGGAGCGACGUGCCCAGAUGGUCAUCAACACCUGCUGCAGUCUCGGCGACGAAAGCCCUAUCGCCAUGAUUCAUGAUGUCGGUGCUGGUGGUCUGUCCAACGCUCUGCCUGAGCUUGUCCAGGAUGCCGGAUUCGGUGGUAAUUUUGAACUGCGCCAGGUGGAGAGUGCUGAUCGUAGCAUGAGUCCCCUCCAGAUCUGGUGCAAUGAGGCACAAGAACGUUAUGUUCUUCUCAUCAAUGCUGAUGGCAUGAACCGUUUCACCAGCAUCUGCCAGAGAGAGCGAUGCGGCUUUUCUGACGUCGGUACUGUUGUCUCCAAGGCUUCUAACGGCGCAAGCAACCUUGUUCUCACCGACCGCGAGUCCAAGCAAUAUCCUCGCCCCAUUGACUUGCCCAUGGACGCCCUCUUUCCCCCGAAGCGACAGCUAAAGCGUACUGUUACCUCCAAGAAGCCCAAACUUGCUCCUUUUAACGCACUGGCAAGCCUGGAGAGGGCGUACGGAACGGGCCUGUCCACUCAGGACCUUGUGUCCAAGGCUGUCGAGCGCAUUUUCCACCUCCCUGCUGUUGGCUCAAAAUCUUUCCUCAUCACGAUCGGUGACCGAACCGUCGGCGGUCUGACCGCCAGAGACCAAAUGGUAGGACCCUGGCAGACACCCGUGUCCAACGUCGCUGUCACUGCUACCUCUUUCCACAUUGGUGGAAACCAAAAGACCGGUGAAGCCAUGGCUAUGGGUGAAAAGCCUACUGUUGCUCUUAUCGACCCAGCUGCUUCAGCCCGCAUGGCUGUUGCGGAAUCGCUCAUGAACCUCGGCGCUGCUGAUGUUAUGGGUGAUCUUCGUCGCGUCAAGCUAUCUGCGAACUGGAUGGCUGCAGUCAAUCACCCUGGUGAAGGUGCCGCUCUCUACGAGGCAGUUCAAGGCGCCAUGGAAAUUUGCACUGCGCUCAAUGUCAGCAUUCCUGUCGGCAAAGAUUCCACCUCCAUGAAGACUGUCUGGAGAAAUGGCGAUGACUCCAAGAGUGUGACUGCUCCGGUCUCUGUGGCCAUCUCGGCGUUCGCCCUUGUCGAAGACUACAAGAGAACAUGGACUCCUCAGCUCCGUCGCGUCGAGGACGUCGGCGAGACACUCCUUAUGUUUGUGGAUCUGGCCGAAGGCCGUAAGGCCAUGGGUGGCUCUGCGUUGGCCCAGACUCUUGGUGCUCUUGGCAAUGAGGCGCCGGAUAUGAAGAACUUUGACAUGAUCACCGAUUACUACGAUGCUCUGGAUCAACUUCAUAAGAGUGGCGUUGUUCUGGCCUAUCAUGACAGAUCUGAUGGUGGCCUCAUCACGACCGUUGCUGAAAUGAUGUUUGCCGGUCGCUGCGGCGUGGACAUCAUGAUGGAUGGCAUCUCCAAGACUGGUAGCACCGCCGAUAUGAUUGAUGCCCUCUUCAACGAAGAACUCGGCGCCGUCUUCCAAAUUCGCAAGUCGGACGAGACGAACUUCAAGCGUUGCUUCGCCACUUGCGGCCCUCCCGCAGGCCUCAUUCGCAAGUUUGGCGCUGUUAAACCCAAGUCCAAGCAGAACCUUUCUAUUCGUUAUGGUGCUACUCCGUUUGCCACACUCGAGCGUGCUCAGAUGCAGAAGUGGUGGAGCAAGACUUCAUACGCCAUGCAGCGCCUACGUGAUACUGCCGCUGGUGCCGAUUCUGAGUUCUCUCUCAUCGACGACAACGAGGACCCUGGCAUCUCUUACAACCUCAGCUUUUCCCCAUCUGAGAACAUCAUGCCUCUCACCAAGUCCAUCACUGGCAUGUUCACCAAGCUUCCUCGCGUUGCUAUCCUUCGUGAGCAGGGUGUCAAUGGUUACGCUGAACUGGCCUACUCAUUCCGCGCUGCUGGCUUCGAGGCUGUUGAUAUCCACAUGUCUGAUGUUCUUGGUGGCCGCACCCUUGCUGACUUUGUUGGUCUCGCCUGCCCCGGAGGUUUCUCCUACGGUGACGUUCUUGGCGCCGGCAACGGCUGGGCUCAGUCUAUCCUGAUGAACAAGACUGCCUGCAGCGAGUUUGCCAGCUUCUUCAAGCGCCCCGACACCUUUGCACUUGGUGUUUGCAACGGCUGCCAGAUGCUCAGCCGUCUCAAGUCUCUCAUCCCAGGCACAGAGCACUGGCCCAACUUUGUCGACAACGCCUCUCAGCAGUUUGAGGGCCGUGUCAGCAUGGUUCGCGUUGAAGUAGAUGAGUCAAAGCCUUCUGUCUUCUUCCACGGCAUGAACGGCUCCUCUCUCCCUGUUGCCGUGUCCCAUGGUGAGGGUCGUGCACUGUUUGGCUCUCCAAACUCGUACCAGAACCUCUCGGACUCUGGCAUGAUUCCUAUGCGCUAUGUUGACAACCGUCUCAACGUCACGGAGAAGUACCCUUUCAACCCCAACGGUAGCCCUGGCGGCAUUGCCGGUGUGCAGAGCAAGGACGGACGUUUCGUGGCUAUGAUGCCUCACCCCGAACGCACCAUCAUGACUGGCGUCGCCAGCUACAUCCCUGAUGGUGCUGCUGAGACCUGGGGAGAGUUUGGACCCUGGGUUCGUCUCUUCCGCAGCGCCCGUAGAUGGGUUGGUUAA